AUGGUUUCAUCUCAAUUUCCUGUUUUGACCAAGAACCGGUUGUUGUUUCCUGUCAAUCCCUCGGAUACUGUAGUUUCAGAUCACGUUGAACUUGAUUUCACUGAUGUGUUUGGUCCUUUGCCGGCCAUAGAUGUGAAUUGUGGUGAUCGUCUGUCUGUGGGAGAUGUCAGUGAGCUUAUUUAUGAUGACCCUGUUGUCAUUCACAACCGGUCACAUUCAUUGGUUGGCCCCUCUUCUUAUGUUAGCCAAUCAUUGAAGCUCAGCAAGCUUAAUUUACAUGAGACGGAAGAUUCAAUGGAACUAGUGGAGAGUGUCCUGGAUGAGACUAUUAAAGAGCUAGAGGAGUCUUCCAUAGAUGAUGACGAUGCCAUUGAGAGAGAUGUGGAGAAUGUCAGUGGAGAUGCUUUGAAGGUCCAAACUGUAGGCAUUGAAGAUUUUGAGGUUUUGAAGGUUGUUGGGCAGGGUGCAUUUGGGAAAGUUUAUCAGGUGAGGAAAAAGGGUACACCAGAAAUAUAUGCAAUGAAGGUCAUGCGGAAGGACAGAGUAGUGGAGAAGAAUCAUGUCGAAUACAUGAGAGGUGAAAGGGACAUUCUAACAAAAAUUGAUCAUCCCUUCAUUGUCCAGCUCAAAUACUCCUUCCAAACCAAAUAUAGACUAUACCUCGUGUUGGAUUUCAUAAAUGGGGGUCACCUCUUUUUCCAGCUCUAUAACCAUGGCCUUUUCAGGGAGGAUCUGGCACGUAUAUAUGCUGCUGAGAUUGUUUCUGCUGUUUGUCAUCUUCAUGCAAAUGGCAUAAUGCACAGGGACCUUAAACCAGAAAAUAUCCUGCUGGAUUCAGAUGGCCAUGUAAUGUUGACUGAUUUUGGCCUGGCAAAGCAAUUCGACGAAAAUACAAGAUCAAACUCAAUGUGUGGAACAGUUGAAUAUAUGGCACCAGAAAUUGUUCAGGGAAGGGGCCAUGAUAAGGCAGCAGAUUGGUGGAGUGUAGGAAUUCUAUUGUAUGAGAUGCUCACUGGCAAGCCUCCUUUUAUUGGUGGGAACAGAGACAAAAUUCAACAGAAGAUAGUCAAGGAUAAGGUCAAGCUGCCAUCAUUCUUGACAAGUGAAGCACACUCUCUUUUGAAAGGGCUCUUAAACAAGGAUGCCAGCAAGCGCUUAGGAAAUGGACCUUUGGGAAGUGAAGAAAUUAAGCGAUACAAGUGGUUCAAGCCAAUCAAUUGGAAGAAAUUGGAUGCAAGGGAGAUCCAACCCAGUUUCCGUCCAGAAGUGGCUGGGAAGCACUGCAUUGCUAACUUUGACAAGUGUUGGACUGACAUGACGUUGUCAGAUUCUCCAGCUGCCAGCCCCAAGAUGAACACGAAUCCCUUCGUGAACUUCACUUAUGUAAGGCCUGUGGCCUCUUUCCUUCAACAAAGCAGCCCCUUAUACUAG